ACGCCUUCUCAUGUCCGAGCUUUCAACUUUGACGCCUUCCUUUCAUUUCAUUUCACUUCUUCUUCUUCUUCGUCAGGUAGGAUCUUGAGAGGUUUUGUUAUGUGGGUGUGGUCAAAGAUGCAUGGUGGACUUCAUUCUCGACUUGGAUUACUUAGCUCAGGAGCUCUUCUGGUAUUUCUUGGAAGCCCUUGAUCUUAUAGUGGAACUCUUGUUUAAACUAUACUCCCUACUGGCUUCUUUCUUUGAGAAUUUCGUUGGAUUCUUCUAUUGCCAAAUCCUCAUAACUUAGAGACCUCGUAUCAUUUAAUCAUAUCAUCUACAUUUGGAACAAAGAAUGUUAAAUGAUUCCUAGCAUCUGGUCACAAGUAGAAUUGGUUGUCGACUUGUUUUGAGGAUUAGAGUUUAUCAGUACAAUGAUGGGUUCAAUUCAAACUACCGUCUAUUAUUGUUGCGUAUCAAAGGGUAACCGCAUCCUCUAUGCAUAUAGCGGUGGGAAUCACGAAAUUGAGAAUUUGGCUACUCUGUGCUUGGAGAAGGCUCCUCCCUACCAUAAAUGGUAUAUUGAGACCUCAGGUAAGAGGACUUAUGGGUUUCUAAUUGAAGAUGGAUAUGUUUAUUUGACUAUUGUCGAUGAGAGUCUUGCAAGUUCCGGGGUUCUUCAGUUUCUAGAGCAUUUGAGGGAUGAGUUCAAGAAGUUAGCCAAGAAGGGUUCAAGGGGAAGUUUGUCAAGUAUGAACUCUGUUGGCAUUCAAGAACAGUUAGUUCCUGUUAUCCAACGGUUGAUAACCUCCUUAGAAACUGUUUCUCAGGCUGGUAGUAAUUGGACAGCUGAAACCCCAUCACUUCAUGCUGGUCUCUCUCCAUCACCAGGUACUGCAAAUGGACAAAUUGAAGUUGCCAGUUCUACGAAGGCCCCUCUACUUGGGAAGUCUAACAAGCAAGAGAAGAAGAAGGCCAAAGAUCAUGUUAUUGCAAUAAGAGACAUUGAGUUGGAGGAACAUCGGAGAUCUGCUGACAGAGGAGUCAAUCUAGAUUCAUCUUCUUUGGAUUCUAAUAACCAUGGAGCAGGUUCUUCAAUUGCCUUACAAAAGGAUUCAGGCUCCAUGAGGAAUAGAUCGGGCUCUCAGAGCAUUCGAAAGAAGUGGUGCCGCCAAGUGCGAAUUGUCCUUGCUAUUGAUGCGGCUGUUUGUGUAGUACUGUUUGUGAUUUGGUUAUUGAUUUGUCACGGCAUUGAGUGCAUCCGUUGAAUACCCUGUCAUUUAAAGGAGCUUUUAAGAUCUUUCAGUUUCUGAACUGGAACAAUCAUGACUUAAAAUCCUGGUAACAGAGUGUGGUAGAGUGUGGGUGGGUAUGGAGAGGAGCAGGCAUAUAAGGAAGCACUGUGUUAACAUUCUCAAUGAUACUUUUACACCUAUUUGGAGGUAUGUGCUCAAUACGCAUUGUCUAGGAAUUUGAUGUACAGUUCUAUAGUUUCUUUGCCUAUGUAUAUGCAGAUUUAUGAAAUUUAUGAACUUCUCAUUUGAGUUGGGAGUUCCUAGACCUUUAUCGAUUGCAUAAUAUACUGUAUUUUUUGGGAUUUGGUUAUGUUCUGUCAUUUUAGUGUUUAUUAUUGGUUUGCUUGCACUGUGUCAUGCAUGUAAUCAGUAAUCAUCUUAUUGCAGUCUAGUGUUUUAUAGUUUUA